GUGGUCUCUCUUGGUUUAAUUAUACAAAUAUUUGGAUUUUCAUUCUGCAACGCACUGGGAGAUGUCAUAUCAGUAGAUGGCAGCAUAGAGACCCUGAGGGAUGACUGCUGUGUGAGAUGACGUCGCAGCUAGACCCUCUUGUAUUGAGGUCUGCCGAGGUGAAAUCUCCAUUUUAUGAAAUCCUGGGGGACCUCUUUUCUCGUAAUGAUAGGGGCGUGGCGGUGAACGGGUUCGAAGACGAGAGAAAUCGGUCUAUUACGUCGGGUUUUUAUUACCGGUUGUGUUGCAACAGAUUUGUAGGCGACAUACACACUUGGUUUGGGAUCCGUGUUUUUAAAUAACAUGGGUAAUUGCCACACAGUUGGACCAAAUGAGGCCCUUGUGGUUUCAGGUGGUUGCUGUGGCUCCGAUGAGAAGACCUACGUGGUGGGAGGCUGGUCCUGGGCCUGGUGGCUCAUCUCAGACAUCCAGAGGAUAACCCUUGAGAUUAUGACCCUGCAGCCCAAGUGUGAGGAUGUAGAAACAGCGGAGGGUGUAGCUAUUACUGUCACUGGGGUGGCACAGGUGAAGGUGAUGGUAGACAAUGAGCUGCUGGGCUAUGCCUGUGAACAGUUCCUGGGGAAAUCUGUGAUGGAGAUAAAGAGUGUCAUUCUGCAGACCCUGGAGGGCCAUUUACGCUCUAUCCUCGGUACUCUGACGGUGGAGCAGAUCUACCAGGACAGAGACAGAUUUGCUGCUCUGGUGAGGGAGGUGGCAGCGCCCGACGUGGGCCGCAUGGGCAUCGAGAUCCUCAGCUUCACCAUCAAGGAUGUUUAUGAUAAAGUGGAGUACCUGAGUUCCUUGGGCAAGAGUCAGACAGCUGCAGUACAGCGAGACGCAGACAUCGGAGUGGCCGAGGCAGAGAGAGACGCAGGAAUCAGGGAAGCAGAAUGUAAGAAAGAGAUGAUGGACAUCAAGUUCCAAGCAGAUACCAAGAUGGCCGACUCUAAGAGAGGGUUGGAGAUGCAGAAGGCUGCUUUCAAUCAAGAAGUCAACACAAAGAAAGCAGAGGCCCAGCUGGCCUACGAGCUGCAGGCUGCCAAGGAGCAGCAGAAGAUCCGUCUGGAGGAGAUCGAGAUUGAGGUGGUUCAGAGGAAGAAGCAGAUCACCAUUGAGGAGAAGGAGAUUGACCGCACUGAGAAGGAGCUGAUUGCCACGGUCAAGAGGCCGGCCGAGUCUGAGGCCUACAAGAUGCAACAGCUGGCCGAGGGACAGAAGAUGAAGAAGGUGCUGACGGCCCAAGCGGAGGCAGAGAAAAUCCGUCGUAUUGGAGAGGCAGAGGCCGGUUCCAUAGAGGCUAUAGGGAAGGCUGAGGCUGAAAAGAUGAGGCUGAAGGCUGAGGCCUACCAGCAUUAUGGAGAGGCUGCCAAGACUGCUCUGGUCCUAGAGGCCCUGCCUAAGAUUGCUGGCAAGGUGGCGGCACCCCUGGCCCAGACCAAUGAGAUUGUCAUCCUGAGCGGGGACGGUAGUCGUGUGACCGGCGAGGUUACCCGCCUAUUGGCUGAGCUCCCCGUGUCCGUCAACGCUCUCACAGGGGUGGACCUGAUGAAGAUCCCUUUUCUUCAGAAGAUGACCAACCCUCAAGCAUGAAAACAAUCCAAUGCACCCUGACUCCAAUACAUCUCUCUUAUGCACUCUUUAAAUCAACAAGAAACACUUGAAUACAAUAGUUGUUUUUUUACUACGAAAGAGUAGUCUUUCUCAUUUCCUAGACCCCUGGUGCCUUGGCUCCUAUAGGACCAGAUCAUCUGCAUGGGCCACUGAAUGUUUUUCUUUUAAAGAAUAAAAAAAGCAACCGUUCAUUUUAUAUUUUGUUUUUAAGAAGUUACCCCCAUUGUGUUGUACUUACACUCGUCUACAUUAUAGAAAAGGGGCAUUCAUCCUGAUUUUUCUGUGCGGGCCUUAUUCUGGUCUGAAAGGUCUCGCCUUGUGUCUUUGUAGUUUUUUUCAUUGUGUUACAAUUAGUACCUUGGAUAUGCCCAUAGUUUUUUACAGUUACUUGUGCAAGUAUUAAGUAUUUUGUCACCCAUUUUUAUUGUUUCAUUCGUAUGUGCCUGUUAACCAACCAAGUGGCCAAACCUCAGGAAAAGUAAUGGUUUGGCAAUUCAAAAAGUUUAGUGAUACUACAGUGAAAUUCAAUGAGAGAUGUAGAAAUGUACUCCCCCAUCUUCAUAUUAUUUGCCUUUUUCUUUACUAGAAUCUUCACUUCAUUCUUCAUCUUGGGUAUUGGAGAGGUGUGUCUUCUUAGGACAAGACAUGCAAGACGCAGAAAUUAUACACAUGAACACGUGUGCAUCGAUCUUCAUGUCUGUAUGAAGCCAUAUACUUUCAAGAUUAGCCUUAAUAUAGAGACCCGGGAGUCCUGCCAGCUUUCCUGAUCAUCUGGAUUACCUCAGUCAAUCUAAGCUUUAAUACUUGUUCUACUUCUUUCCAAUUAUUGAGAUGUCAUAUGACAAUAUGCAUUUCAGUCUCUUAGGGUAGCCAAUGUUGUGUUAUGUCACCUUGUGGUUCCAUUCUUAAAUUACAUAUACAUUUUUAUAAAGGAUUUAUCUCUACAGUUUUACUAGACUCCUUGAUUUCAGGAUUUUACAAGGUGCUGCUUGAUAUCUUUGACUAGGAAUUCAAUACUGCCAAGACCUGUUGACCAAUCAUUUAUCAGCUAUCUCCACAUGCCUUACCCAAUGUGCUUUAAACACAAGAAGACAUUUCAGUUUGUUUAGACGUUUGAGUUGGACUGGAGUUCAUUUUAAGUCGUUUUUAUUUUAUGAAAAUAUAUUAGAGAGUUUGAGAUUUCUAGACACUUGCUGAACCAAUGUUGCUCCGGCCAAACGCUAUGCCAAGUCCAUGGACGUUCUCCGCAAUGAGUCUGGAUGAGUCAUAAUACCCUUAUAACCUAGUGGUCAAACAAGGAAAUGGUUCCAAUCGUUUUUCCACAAUUCAUUUUUUCCUGUAGGGGAUUUUAGAAACACUUCAAAUUUGGGCAGUGUUUCAUGUAGGCUUACCUUGGUGUGUAAACCAUGUAAAUCUCUCUAGGACAAAAACAAAGUAGAUUUUGUCCCCCGAAAAAGAAAAGAAAAAAUAAAUAAUAAUGAAAUAAUUAUCUCUAGAACAAGGUGAUUUUUAUCAAUAUAGUAAUCUGUAUUUACCCCCCAAAAAUGAAAUGCUAAUUAUCUGCUAACGUGGCUAUCAUAAAGAACUACAAAUGCCAUGAUGAUCUGAACAAAACUGCCAAAUCGAGGCAAAGGUAAGAAUCUCGGGAUAAACUAUCUAAUGUUAGCUAAAUUUAGUAAUUAAUAAAUUGGCUACAUUUCUUUAAAUUGACAAUUCUGUGAGUCGUCUUGUGCGAGUUUUAAAUUGACACAAUACCUGUUAGCAAAGGUGUCAGCUAGAGAUGACGUGUAGGAGCUUGCAGGGAUGUGUAGUCUUGCAUUGUCUACUUGAUACUAAUUAGCAUUUUCAAAUCUGAGUGUAAAUAUAUUGCUAAAAGUCACCUUGUCCAAGAGAGAUUUACAUGGUUGUCAAAACGUCAUGCCAGGGUAAGCCUUCACGAAACACAGCCCUUAUUUCAAGUGUUUCUAAAAUUCCCUAUAUGAAAAAAUGAAUGUUGGAAAAAUGAAACAAUUUCCCUGUUUGACCACUUUGUUUUAUGGGUUUUAUGACACCACCACUGUGGAGCUCUAUUAUAGAAAGUACCUCCCCAAUGAUGUCUAGAAUGCAACUCAUUCAAAUCUGAUUGGUCCCAGAAACUGAAGGGUUGGACCAGAACCAGAACAAAUUGUAAAGUGGUGUUUUUAAAAUGUGUCAUUGGCUUUGAUACUCUGAUUGGUUAGAGAUGAUCCAAUCACUAAUGACUUUGUUUUGUACAACCAUAUAAAUAAGAAUGAAUUCCACCCUUCAUUUUGACAUCACCACAAUUGACUUCACCAAUGCAGAUAUGUAUUCACCAAUGCACCAAAGUAUGUAGCGAACAUAGCGCAACGGAAUAAUUCAGUUUGUGUAGUCAGGCAAAUGCAUUUUAUUUUACAGUAAUGUUAACCUGCUGCCAAUGCCAACGGUGGUAUAUUGCUGGUGUGGGGGUGAAUCUAAUCCCUACUGAUCACCAAAAGUGUUUCUUUGGAAAUACUGUAUUUAUUUUAUUGUGCUUUUAUUAUAUUCUCUGAUGUAAGAAUUACAUCUUAGACCAGACCGUAACAUUUUGAAGUGAUAAAUUGUGUGAUACAGUACUGGAAACCAGAAUGCAACCUGUAUUCUGUUUGAUGAAAUGUCUGGUUUGAAUUGUAUAAAGUUGGUAAUGUUGAACAGGGCCGUAGCCAUGGGUGGACACAGGCCCACCCACUGGGGAGCCAGGCCCAAAAACAAAACAAAAAUUAUACAAUAUGCCCCAUCCAUAUUUCUGCAGGCCCAUCCACCAACGCAUUUCUUUCUAUGCCCCUUAUGUUGUGGGGUAAUGUUCUAUCUAAACAUACUGAAGUCUUUCCCUGAUCAAAAUGUGUUUUUGUUCAGCUGAAAAACACCCAUUGGAUUUUAGACUUAUUUUUUUGGCCCCUCUUUUUGUGCCAAUGUUCUUUUUUUAAAUGGCAUUGUGUACUAUGGAUAGUGUACUUUGAUUUCAGUGGAGUAGAAGCAGCUUUCAGUUCAGGUAAAUCUACCUUUCGAAUCUAGAAUGUAGUUGAAGACCAAACAUUGUAUGCCUUUAACUGUUAUCUUUAUCUAUAGAGUAUAUACAGUGCAUUCGGAAAGUAUUCAGACUCCUUGACUUUUUCCACAUUUGACAUUUCCUUCCAGAAGGAUAACCAUCUCUGCAGCACUCCACCAAUCAGACCUUUAUGGUUAUGUCCAGACGGAAGCCACUCAGUAAAAGACACAUGACAUCCCUCUUGGAGUUUGCCAAAAGUCAGCUAAAGGACUCUCAGACCAUGAGACACAAGAUUCUCCGGUCUGAUGAAACCAAGAUUCAACUCUUUGUCCUGAAUGACAAGCGUCAAGUAUAGAGGGAAUCUGGCACCAUCCCUACGGUGAAGCAUGUUUUUCAGCGGCAGAAACUGGGAGACUAGUUAGGGUCGAGGGAAAAAAGAACAGAGCAAAGUACAAAGCGAUCCUUGAUGAAAAUCUGCUCCAGAGUGCUCAGGAUCUCAGACCUCAGGUUCACCUUCCAAUAGGACAAUGACCCUAAACACACAGCCAAGACAACGCAGGAGUGGCUUCGGGACUAGUCUCUGAAUGUCCUUGAGUGGCCCAGCCAGAGCUCGGACUUGAACGCGAUCGGAAAUCUCUGGAAAGACCUGAAAAUAGAUGUGCAGCGACGCUCCCCAUUCAACCUGACAGAGCUUGAGAGGAUCUGCAGAGAAGGAUGGGAGAAACUCCCCAAAUACAGGUGUGCUAAGCUUGUAGCGUCAUACCCAAGAAGACUCGGCUGUAAUUGCUGCCAAAGGUGCUUCAACAAAGUACAGAGUAAAGGGUCUGAAUGCUUAAGUAAAUGUGAUAUUUCAGUUUUUUUAUUGUUGUAAAUUUGCACACAUGUAUAACCAGGUCUGAAUACUUUCCAAAUGCAGUGUAUUUAUAUUUAAAAAAGAUACAAUAUCUAUUCAGACUUAAUAAAUGUGUUUAUGUGAAUUUGUCUAUUUUGGAUUUAUAUAGAUUGCUACAUUACAUACUACUGGAAAACUGGUCCCAAAUGGAUAUUUCAGCAUGUGAACAUGUGACCCUCAUAUCCUCUAGUCUUGCUGUUGCAAAGUAUUAUUCACUUCCCUGUAAUAAAUAUUCUGCCACCUCA